GAACAUUCUAGAUGUCGCUACAGUAGGAGGUUCUGGAAACUAUCUGAGGCCCUAUAUAAGACCGGUAUAGACCACGACCGGAGCAGUAUUGAAUUGGCGUAUAUAUAAAAGUACUCUGUGGAAUUGGCGAUACAAGAGAAUACUUCGUAGCGAAAUAACGGCGAACUGUGUUUUAUUAUUAGUGUGAUUUUAGAUUGUAAUUAGUGUUGUGUAAUUAAAGUGUCAAUUUUGGUAAUUCAAUCGGCAGUUUUUAAUUGUCUCGAACCCCGAGCUCGUAACAGUACUAACCUUUCUAUAUAGUUUGUGGCUUGUGGUACUCUAUACUAAACUCAAUUUCGGUACUUCUUAAUUUGAGAUGAGCGUUGUUUUCAUUUGGUGUUAUUAAAAUCGUUAAAAAUGGAUAUUAACAUGAUUGACUUGAUGGAUUUAGAAGAUUUGGACAUGCUGGAGACCACUCGGCGACCUGAUAGACAUCGACAUCGUGUGAAUCCGUUUGAAUUGAGUGACGAAGAUUUUAGGUAUAAGUAUAGGUUCUCAAAACGUUUCGGAGAAAAAAUAGUGGGUAUCUUACGUGAGGAUUUAGUGCACGACCCUCGAGGAUGCCCAUUGAGUCCUGAAAUUCAAGUGGUUUGUGCAUUACGCAACUGGGCUCGCCAUGAAGUAAGUGCUGUUUAUAAUCUUGGUGGGGUCAAUGUACCUAACAUUACGCUAGAUAAAAAGCCAAAUAAUACAUAUUAUUGUUUUAUUCGUAGAUUCAAGACGAUACAGCUGAUUUACAUGGUGUGUCUCAACCAGUAGUCAGUAGGACAUGUAAAAAAGUAGCGGAAAUUUUGUCACGGAAGUCCCGAGAAUUUAUUAAAAUGCCUACUACUUUAAAUGAACAGCAGGAAACCAUUAGAAAAUUUCGCAGUAUUGCUAAUUUUCCUACAGUAAUUGGCGCAAUUGACUGUACUCACAUACGAGUAAAGAAAGUGAAUGCUGAUGGGGGUCAGUUAUAUAUUAAUAGAAAAGGAUUUUCUUCAAUUAAUGUACAGGUCGUUUGUGAUGCUGACCUGAAAAUCAUGGACAUUGUUACCAGGUGGCGUGGUAGUGUACAUGACUCCAGAAUAUUCCGAGAAUGUAGACUAAAACAGAGGUUUGAGGCUGGUGCAUUCUCUGGAAUAUUACUUGGUGACAGUGGCUAUCAUUGUACUCCUUACCUAUCUACACCGCUGCUGAACCCCACAACACCACAAGAAGAAAGAUAUAAUAGGAGCCAUAUCCGUACUAGGAACACAGUGGAAAGAUGUUUUGGUUUGUGGAAGCAACGGUUUCGUUGCCUAUUAAGAGGUAUGUUUGGAGAUAUUGAAACAGCAAAAAAAAACAAUUGUUGCAUGUGCUGUACUACACAAUAUGGCCAUCGACAUGAGAGAAGAUGUGUUUUCUGGUGAGAGAGAUAGCAUUGAACAAUAUUCAUCUGAACCUAUAGUACAAAGAUAUAUUACACCAUCAAUAAGGGGAAAUAUUAGAAGAAGACAGUUUAUUGAAACUCAUUUUCAGUAGACAUAAUACCCAUUUAUAAAGGAACAUAUUUCUGCAGAGCCGUUGUCAGCUGUCAAAGAAUAACGACUACAUAUUCACCAAUAUGAAAUAAAUUCAGGGGAGUAUUGUGAUAAUAUUUCAUUUAUUGAGCAAAAUGCUUUUAUUUAGGCUAUAAAUGAUUGUGUUUCAGGGAAAGAUGCGGGGUACAGCACAUUCCACAUCAAUAUGAAGCUAUAUUAUAUAAAGAUUUAAGUGCUGUAGAGAUAUGUUUAGAUUUUUUAAUAAAUAUCGUCCCUCCUCUACAUUCACAGCCGGAUUUCCUUUCCAGAGGUGCAAGGGUCCACGGGGAGUAGGACUGUAUGAUAACUAAGUAAAUAGGUUUAGUUUUUUUUAUUAUAGUUUUUUACUAUUGUAUAUUAUGUUUCAUUGUUAUGUAAAUAAAAUGCAUAUUAAUUAUAAUUAUUUAUUUUAAUUAUUAAUAAAAGAUGUACAAAUAUUUGCAGCAAUUAAGUACCUGAAAAUAAUAGUUUCAUAUAUGAGGAUAUUUACAAACAUGUAUCUGAUAUAGUCUCAAAUAUUUAGUUUUUUUUUAUAGGAUAAUGGUGAUAAACACAGUCUACCACACACACACACACACACACAGUCCAUCUGAUGUUAAGUAACUGCUGUGGUGCAUAGACGUCCACAUCUAUCCUCGACUACAAAUCAAAAUGCAGAUGCGUUGUCACCCGUGUGGAGUAAGAUGGAAUGCCUCGUUUCCUGUAAAAGAGGUCUCUCUCAUACAAAAUUUGUCCAAAAAUUUAUCCAAAAUUUGUCAAUAAACAAGUUUAAAUGUUUUAUUAAAGAAAAAUUUUAUAAAAAGGUUAUUAUAAUAUCAAAGAAUACAUAAAUGAAAAUAUUGGAAAUACUGGAAUUGAGGUGAUCGCCACCAUGGUGGUUCUAUUAAAAUUCAUUUAAAAAUUGUACAAAUAAAAUUAUUGUUAAGAGAAAUAUGUUUAUAAAAAAGUCCCGCUGGGUUUCUUACUAGUUCAUCCCAGGACUGAGGUAUUUUCCAAACCAGUGGUAAAUAAAAAAUGUCUUUCAAUAAGUAUUCUGUAAUAAUCUAUAUUUAAUAAAAAUCAUUCUAUUCUAUUCUCGUUCUAUAAACUCACCAUAAUAAACACAGCAGCAUUAAGCUGCUAUUUAACUUGUGUUUUUCUGACUUUCUAAUAAAGAUAUUUGUAACUCUAAUUUUCUUAUUUUUAGGUUAGCUAUUUUAAUAUUGUAUUUAUGUUCCUCUUCCAUCAUUUCCAGUUGUAUUUUUUUAAAAUCUGUGUUACUUUUUACAAUUGUUUGGUGUACAUCUUCUCUUCUGUAAAAUGAAAUGGAAUACUUAAUGUAAGUUUUGUAGUUAUUUUAGACAUUUACAAAGUAUUCUAGAGUAAUAAAAGUGCACUUAACCUUGUACACCAAUUAAAGAAAUAUUUUUUAAUUAUUUUUAAAUCAAUUCAUAUUAAACUUUGCUUUUAAUAUUUGAAAACAUGAAACAAUUUUCAGUGUUUAAAUACUAAUUUUCACAUUUUAAAAAGUAUGUAAUGUAUCAGACUAUGUAAUUUUUUCAACAUACCUAUUUUGCAAGCUAUUUUUCCUGUUUUUAAUUUUUGUUAUACCCCUAGUAAUAAUAUCUUUAUUGUUGGUUAUUUUCACCAUUUUGGCACUUUCUUCUGUAUCUGUAGUUGGAUCUAUCUCUAAAAAUUAAUAUAAAUAUAACAGUUUUAGAAAAUUAACAUUUAUAAUAUUUACAAACUUGUAUGCAUAUGAUUGUAACUAUAAUAAUAAUAUAUUUUGCUUUUUAAUAAAUAUUCAAUCAGUAUUAUUUACCUUGCACAUAUACAACAUUGGGUUCUGGAUUUUCUACAUUUUUAACUAUAGCUGUGUCUGUUUUUUCAAAAUUAAGGCGAGGCUUAGGGUCAGCAACUUCUUUUGAUUUUGUAGCCACAGUCACUGGAUCCUAAAAUAAAUUAUUAAAACAUUUAUUAACAUGUUUUCUUGUCACCUGUCACCUCUAUUUUGCCCUUUAUUGAAUCAGGUAUUUUCUAUGUUGUAGAAAUAUUAUUAUGAUCCAAGACAAAAGGUAAUUUAAUAAAUUAUUAAUUAUAAUACCUAAUAGACAAAAAUAGAAAAUUAUAAUCGGACUGUGUAGAUAAUCUAGUAACAUGUGUGUUAUGAUAUUAUAUAGACCACUAUAUAUGAAUUUGUGACAUUUCAAUUUUGAAUAUAAUUAAUUAUAAAGAAAUUUAUGUUAAAUUGUUACUAAGUAUAUUAAAUUUUGAAUAUUCGGAAAAUAAUUUUGGAUUGUAAAUUGUAUGCUUUAAGAGUAGAUUUCAGAGCACUACCUAGGUACUAAAGUAAUGGAAAAUAAAGUUCUUUAAUUUUAAUUAAAUUUGUAAGACAU